UUCUUUCUGUGACUUGUAGGAUCCGUUUCAAUUCAAUUUCAUCUUCGAUUCUCCAAGACACCCACUUGGAACAGGGCUUCUAAUCGGGUCUUCUGUCGGUCUGAAACCGGGCUUCGAUACCGGUGAGCUUCUCGGCUCCCGUCUUGAACUCUGAACUCCUCCUUCUCCUCUCAGCUCACAAGCACCUCAAGGACGACAGCAUCGACAAGAUGAAGGACGAUCUCAGAGUUAAAUUCAACGUCAUAUGGGCAUCUCUCGGUGUUUCCAAUAGAAAUAUCGUGUGCUGGGGAUUAUCCCUUGCGAUCUUGAGUUCUGACUGAGGCCUUUCCCAUCUGGGUUUUCGCUGUUUUGAUCUGGAUUUGUUUUGUUUCUUCUAGGAUUUCAAUAAUCUCGUUUCAGCUCAACUUCGUAAGCUUGUGAGCAGGCCAGGUGAAGGAAAUGUUGAGACAAUUGCUUGGAUGUUGCAAAGUAUAUAUCUCGGAGGGCCGAAAUAAGAUGGCACUUGAAGCCAUAGAGAGGGCUGCAAAGCUUUUCCCACCGGCUGCUAUUGUAAACAAGUUUGAAGAUGUGAGCUAUGGCAGGGUGGGUUACACUGUGGUCUCGAGACUCGCUCACGAGCCGGAUCCAGAUUCAUCUUCACUCAAGAAUGCUGCCUUUGCAAUGGUAAAGGCUGCACUGGACACAAUCGAUCUUGAGUUGCAUAGCGGAUCCCAUCCUAGGCUUGGAGUGGUUGAUCAUAUAUGUUUUCACCCCUUGGGUCAAACCUCGAUGGAAGAAGUGGCUGCGAUUGCCAAGUCCUUGGCAAUUGACAUAGGCUCAGUUCUCCAAGUUCCUACGUAUCUAUAUGGAGCUGCGGACGAAGGGCAUAGGACGCUGGACUUCAUAAGAAGAGAGCUAGGGUACUUCAAGCCUAACGCGGGGGGACACCAAUGGGAAGGGGGGUUGGAGGUAGAGACGCUGCCGGUGAAGCCAGACGCAGGGACCUCGCAAGUGGAGAAAUCAAAGGGAGUAGUGAUGGUGGGGGUGUGUGGUUGGGUGGGUAACUACAAUGUGCCAGUGUUGUCGGGGGACAUGAGGGCAGUGCGGAGAAUGGCGAGAAGGGUGAGCGAGAGAGGAGGAGGGCUAGCUCGGGUGCAGGCCAUGGCGCUGGUGCAUGGGGAAGGGGUAACCGAAGUGGCGUGUAACUUGUUGGAACCAAGUGAGGUCGGAGGAGACAAGGUGCAACAAGAGAUGGAGAGGCUUGGGAGAGAAGAAGGUCUGCGUGUGGGGAAGGGCUAUUACACGGAUCAUACGCCUCAACAGAUUGCUGAAAACUAUAUCAAGUUGAUGGGCCUUUGACUUUUGACCUGAGAGUUUUUCUUUCCAUAUCUCGAGACUCCAGCUUGCCAAAGCCAAGUCACCGAAAGGGCAUUCGGUAUGUACUCUUCCCUCUCUCUCAUGGGAGUGAAAAAAUGGUUGGAGAGAGAUGAAAAGGAGUUGCACAUUGAUGGGUCACUUUAGUUGAUUGAUUGCAUUUAAUAACAAGCAUAUGCUACUAUCGGGACAUAUCAUGUGAUAUUCGAGCUCAAAUGACCAAUGGUGAAAGCCCGUUUUCACCGUUACCCUU